AUGGAGGUGGAACUGCAGAAAGAAGUAGGCGCAUGGAAAUAUGGAGCAGCCCCGACAAGGCCUCAUUAUCGGCCGCUGCUGCUGCAGUGGAUUGUAGAAUUCGUGCACCUACUCGUUCGUAUGUUGCUGCUGCAGUGGAUUGGAAUGAAGCAAGUACGGCCCCGUUGCUGCUGUCGUUUCUGCAGCAGCAGCACAGGCGCCGGCUGUUGUUUUGCUGAGAGACGAAGCUGCUGCCGCAGCCGUUGGGGUAGCAAGUCAAACAACAAUAACAGGAAGAGCAAGAAGUAUAUCAUAAGCUGUACUAGCAACACCGCCGAUACGAAAACCACGGCCCAGGACAGAAGAAGUAGCAACAACAGCAACGACAGCCGCCGCGACAGAAGCGCCAGCAACAGCUGCCGCAGCCACAGUAGUCGCAGCGACAGCAGUCGCAGCGACAGCAGCCCCAGCAACAGCGGCCGCAGCAACAGCAGCCGCAGCAACAGCGAUGCAAAGAUAGGCGGUAGUCAGGCAGAGACAGCGUUAACGGCAGGAAGAACAGCAGCAGAAGAGUGCGGGAAGUACGUAACCAGAAAUGUAUGUCGGGGGGAGUGCGUAGCGGAGCAUGGCUGUUGCUGCUGCUGCUGCAGGAGCAGACAAUUAGAGGGUGGAUUAAAAUAUUUGAAUUUCUAUGUACUGAUGCCGCCACAUGCAAAGCAGCGAGAAAGUAGCAAAUGCACAGAGGGGAGGCGAACCUGUGUAGCAGCAGCAAUAGAAGCGGUUACAUCUUGGUGGAGACAGGCAAAACGUGAAAGAGCGGAGACAGCUUUGGAGCAGCCGCAACGGAAUGACAGGUGGGAACAGCAGCAACAGGCACAGCAGCAACAGCGCCAGCAACGCCGGGACGGCAGAUAUCCACAUAACCGGCAACAACAGCAGCAGCAGGAGCCACUGGUAGCGGCGGCACCCUUGGUAUUGCUACACGGAUUUGGUAUGGGGUUGCUGCCCUACGUUCUGCAUGUGCUGCUGCUGGUGAGAACAGAGAGAAGAAGACAACCGCAGCAGCAGCGGCCAAUAGUUCUUGUAGAGUUGGGUGGCUGGGACUCGACGGGCAGGGAAUGCACGUGCAACAAGCAGCAGCAGAGUUACGUAUGCAGCAGCAAAAACAACAGCAAGCUGAGCAGCGCAGUCACCCGCGGCAACACCAGCCACGGGACCAACAGCACCAGGAGCAGCUGCCGCAACAGCAGCAGAAGCAACCGCAGCAGCAGCAGAGCCAGCAGGACGCAAAGGUAA